AUGCAAGAAAUCCGAAGUUUAAUUGAUGGUUAUUGUACAACCAAAUGUAUAUUGGUAGCCGUUGAGAUUGGAUUGGCCAAUCUGAUUGAAAAGAAUGAAAAGUGUGACAUUGCAACGCUGGCACAGAGGUGUAGGAUUGAUAGAAACAUAUUGUACCGAUUUAUGCGUGCACUGACCUACCUGGGAUUUUUCCACGAGGAUGAAGUUGUAGAUGGUCUGUUUUCACACACAACCCUUUCUUUUGCCUUGUGUGACCCAAAUGUUUCAUCGAUGGUUAAGUGUCGUGCAUCGAAUGGACAGUAUCGCUCGUGGGACACACUAUCCGAAACCAUCAAGACUGGUCAUUCAGACCACACCGAAUCUCUUGGUUACCCAACCUAUUGGGAGUAUUUGGAAGACCCCAAAAACCUUCAAGAAAACAUGGACUUUAGCCAGACAAUGUCCAACAUUACAAAAAAUGUUUGUCCCUUUUUAAUUGAUAUGUAUGAUUUCAAGAAUUUUGAAACAAUAGUUGAUGUUGGUGGUUCUGAAGGAAGAGUGAAUCAAAAACUACAACAUACAAUGGUGGAGGACAAGAGAUUUGAAUGUGUAGCAGGUGAUUUUUUUAAAAAGGUUCCUAUCGCCGAUUGCUACAUCCUCAAGAAUAUGAAUGCGAUCACAUUUGGUUUCAUUGAAAAGGGUUCAUCCUCAAAUUUGGUAUCUAGAACCUUAUAUCGUCACUCCAUCUACAGAGAAGAAGAGUGUGGUCCUAGUGACGAUAUCUGUGUAGUUUGA